UCGGCUGGUUUCGGAAAACUUCGGAUGAGGAGGUGGGAGGGAGCGCAGUGUGAGCUGUCAUUAGGGAUCAGCAGAAGCCGCUGUAGCAGCAGCAGCCGCCGCCGCCGCCUGCAGCACGCGAGAAUCGCCUGGGACUGGGAGCAUCUCUCGUAGUCGUUCUCCUUGGCAGAGAAAGCAGCAGACAUGCUGACCGACAGCAACGUGGAGGAGUUCGAGAUCAAGGAGGAUGAGCCCUGGUACGACCAGCAGGACUUGCAGCAAGAUUUGCAGCUUGCUGCGGAACUGGGCAAGACAUUACUGGAUCGCAACACAGAACUAGAGGAAUCCCUGCAGCAGAUGUACAACACCAAUCAAGAACAGCUCCAAGAAAUCGAAUACCUCACCAAGCAAGUGGAGCUCCUGCGUCGGAUGAAUGAGCAGCAUGCCAAGGUGUAUGAGCAACUGGACGUCACAGCCAGGGAUCUGGAAAAUGCUAAUCAGAAGCUGGUACUGGCGAGUCGGGCUUCACAGCAGAAAAUAACAAGUUUGACAGAAACAAUAGAAAACCUGCAGCUCCAUAUAGAAGAUCUCCAGAGACAAGUGGAGGAUAUGAAGAAACCAGGCCGUGUCUGUAGCAGCCGCGAGAGGUCUGACCAAUCAAAAUCAACCCACAGCUUUUCCAAUCUGAAGGAGCUGUAUGAUCUGCGCAAGUAUUUUGUUUAUGACCAUGUUUUUGCUGAAAAGAUAGCAUCUCUGCAUUCUCAGCCGGGACCGCUCGAGGAUGAAAACAGUCAAAUAAAAAAGGCCCUGUCUCUCCUGGAGAGCCAGCUGAGCCUAGAACGCAAGAAGAGAGAGAGCCUGGAAGAGGAAUACAGUCAGGUAGUUAAAGAGAAUUCCGAGCUGGAACAGAUGCUCAGAGACAGGGAUUUAUUCCAUGCCCGGGCUGAAGAACUGGAGGCCGAGGUGGCCGAAAUGCGCCAGAUAUGUCGCUCAGACAGCAUGUUUGCCAGCAGCGUGGAAAAGCUCAUACCAGAGUCCAUCCUGAUCUCAUUCAAGGAGACGGCAGACCAAGAUGCUGAUCAAGAAGUGAUAGCACAAUUGUUAGAUGUGAAUAAAAAGCCUUUAAAGAGAAGCAACAGUGAGAUGCUUCUUCCCAGGGAAGCUGCUGCCGAAACCAUUCUAAACGGCCACGAAGAGACUUGUAUUAGGAGGACCCAGGUGAUAAAGCAAAGGGGCAUCUCUUUGCUCAACGAGGUAGACUCACAGUACAGUGCUCUGAAAGUUAAAUACGAGGAACUGCUUCAGAAGUGCCAGCUGGAUGAUGAUGGUUUCAGUGGUGUUCAGAGCUCUAAGACUUCUACUGUGAAAUCUCCGUCAGAAGAGUCACCACCCAAAGAUCUAGAACUUUCCAGCCAUAAGGUUGUGGCUCCUGAGCCUCAGCCAGAAUACAAGGUUCUCUUCCAGGAGAUAUUUACCUCUAUAAAGAAAACCAGAGAGGAAAUCCACGUACAAAGAACUAAGUACAAAUAUCCCAAUGCAGCAAGUUGUUAGUUCCACCGCCCCUUUCCCAUUAACAGUGUUUCCCAUUCCAUCUUAUGACUAUAAACACAACUGCCAGUCAUAUUCAGUUAAUUGCCCCCAAAUAUACUUCCUUUUGGAAGAUAUGCCACACAAUUUAGCCGAGAGCAAUUCAGUUAUCUCACUAGCUGAUUCUCUAAGCAAUUUCAUGAGGUUCACCAACAAUCUAGAAUUAUGGUUGACCUUGGAGAAGGAAGCCAAGUCCCCCCCCCCAAGGCCUACACACAACUUAUAUAAAGAUUUAUGGGGUUGUGUAAUAAAAGACACCAUGUUUGCCCAGGAGCAGUAACCAAUCAGCAGUCAGCAUUUACAGGUCACCUGUUUAAAAAAAAAAAAAACCUCUUAUUGGUUGCUAUGGGUUACUGCCCCUGGGCAAACCAAGUGCCUUUUAUUACAUAUGGGGUUUGGUUCAUACUUAAAAGAUAAAGUAAACUAGUAACAAGCAUACAUAUGAUGGAAAUUAAAGUUCCCUAUACUGCAUGAUAAGCACAUAUUCUGUACUGUAUUUAUGCAUGAGAGCAGUAUAGGGGCUGACCCGAGAGAGGUUAUACCUGUGUAUAUCAUAUGUCUUUGUAGUAUUAUUAUAGGCUGAUAUUGCAGGAACAAAGUAGCUAUUUUUUUCUGAAGGAAUUUUGUUUAUACUGUGAACAGCAUUAAAAAAAAAAAAAAGCAUAGAGAAACUGCACUUGCUGCAAGUUUUCAAGGUCCCCUCCCUUAUUUUAUAUACCAACUGAAUAUAUAUAGAUAGAUAUAAUCUCUUAACGACUCAGGCCUCACACUCCCAUGUGGCUUUUAAUUAAGUAUUUAUUUAAUGUUUCAUACUAUUAUUAUUAUUUUUGACAGAAAACCAUAAUAACUUCAGUUAUGGUCUCAGAUUGAGAUCAGUCAGUAUAUAUACGGUAUAUUUUUUUUUAUGCGUUUUUUUUUUUUUUAAGGGGAGACAAAAUUCCUGCCUGUUUAGCCUGGAAAUACACCAAAAUUGUUGUGGUGCAUUUUUGAAGCCCACUUAAAGGCAGAAAUAUUAUUUCAAGAAGAACAUAGGCAUACUGGUCACAUGCACAAGGUGAAGCUCUAUGUACGACCUCCCAGGCACCUCCGAUUUUUCUCAGUCAUUCUAUGUUAUCUUGUAGGUAGAGAAUGUGAGCAGGAAACGAGGGGUGCUACAACACUUCUGUCAGUCUCUCCAAAAACAGUAAUUACAAUUUAAGUAUUUCAACUUUUUGAUAUUAUUUUAUAUAAUUACUCAACUUUAAAAAAAAAUAAAUAAGCUUUAGUUAUUAUUUUUCGGGUAUUUUUCUACUUUAGUGCAGUUAUGCUAUUUGGGGGAGUCCCACUAUAUUAGAUUUUGAAUUUGUUGCCUCCUAAGUCCUAAAUAAAGAGAUAGAAAACCCACAUCCUGCGAUUACAUGUGAGAAUAGUGCUACAAGGGAAACAUUAUGUGCUAUACAAACGGGCGUUUUUUCCUGCGCUCCGCUUUCUUCCGUUCAGCCGCAGGAGUAGACGCACUCAAUUACUGUGAAGGGGGCUCUACUCGCACAGAUGCAUGCAUGCGCCGAACACAGAUGAAAUGCAACAUGCUGCGUCCCACCUGCGUGUGGCGCUUACAUGCGUCUGUGUGAGUACAGCCCCCUUCACAAUAAUUGAGUGCGUCUACUCCUGCGGCUGAACAGAAGAAAUCACAACGCAGGAAGCGCAGGCAAAACCGCCAGUGUGUAAGAGCCAUGAGUUAGAGCAGGCCAGGAGAACUGGCCAUGGAAACUAUUCUAUGCAGUUUGUCAUUUUAAAAAAGAGAUAUUUUCGAAGGACAAAGUUUUAAAGUGCUGUUCCGGUGAUUACAUUGCCUAAACAAAAAACGAAACUGUUGCACUGAGAAUGCUUUAUGUCUCUCAAUCAGAGUAGGUUAUGUGAAAUAGAGACUGUGUUACUAACAAGUUGUUAGUUGUAUGUUGUUAUUGUAGUUGGUGGAACCAAAAAAAAAAAAUUUAGACAAAAAAUGGAUAUGGAAUUUAAUGUUUGAAGAGAAAUGUUUGGCUUUCUGAAGGUGUUAAGUAAAAGAAAUGUGAGGGGAAAAGUAUGUUUGGAAUAGAUUGGAAUGGUAGUCUGAGCAUGACUAAAGAGAGAAGGGGAGCAGAGCUGUUUCUAUUUGAUGUUUAUUGAUUCUGACAUAUCUGUAGUGUACAUUGCAAGUGUGUCUGUAUCCCCUGGGAAUGGAGAUACUACA